AUGGACUUUGAUCUAAUUAUGAACCGAGGGCCGAAACGGCGACGGCUGGACCAAAGCGAGGUGCAAGCCCAGAGAAACGAUAAUCAAUAUCUCACACGUCCGACCUGGUCUGACCCCGAACCUGUAGGACUACCAACAGCCGCAACUCAACAGUACUACGAGUGGGCAUCAUAUGGUAAUUUUCAGCCUAUAUGGAACGAGAACUCAAGAAAUGCUACGUCAGUUGCUAGCGUGACGGACUACCACAUCGGCAACUGGGACGGUUGCUCUUAUCCUUACCAGCCACAGAACACUGCCGGAAUCGCGCCGACUUGUUCCUAUCCGAACGUUGUCAUCUCUCCAUGGCCUUCUUUCCCUUACACCACUCCUCAUUUUCAUGAGCCGUCGCAAAAUCGUAUGCAGAUGUUUGAACCAUCAUACCAGCAGUAUCAUUUCUAUGAUGCCCCAAUCGGUCAGCCGACUACCAGCUUUCAACAAUGGCCAGAGUUGUCUUUGAACGAUACACCACCACAAUCGCUACCAUAUCAUGGCGAUCAAUCACAGAAUCAAACAGUCGAUAUUGAACCGUCCUCAGCACCAUUCAAUCCGAAUAACGGAGCGUAUGAAGAGGUUGACGAGGCAGAUGAUGAAGGGGAUGAGGAGAUAGUGUGCUUUGGAAUGAUCCCAUAUAUCUCUGCCAAAUUUGAUCAAAAAGAAACAACGCAAGGUUUACCAACAUCGUUCCCAGUCGAGCUACAGGGUUCGACUCGCUUUUCUGGUAAAGACCUGACCAACGUGUCUGGGCAGAUAUCGCCGGAUUAUAGUCAAAUGAUAGAGGAGCUCCUUAAUGAGACAUACCUCGAACUUCAUGUCUCAUGCAUCACAGAUGGUUUUCGAUCUGUGAACGCCCAGAAACCACCGCGCGGCCCUUCAACAAUAUCAUGCAGUUUGGAAAUCUCGGUUUAUGGUCCUCUCGAGGUCUUUGAGGAGUUGGGCACCUGGUUUGAACACUACCAGGUGUACUUACAAGAUCCUCGAGAAUGCCACCAGGAAGUCAGAUACUGUAACCCCCACCGACUCUCAACUGACGAUAUUACCUCUUGCCCUCUCCUGUCUGACGUUGUUUCUCAGAGCUCAAAUCCUUUACAGUUGGAGUUGAUUGCUCAACAAUCUGACCUAUUAGACGAGCUAUGUAACCACCAGAACCUCGAGGAGACUCCCCAACCCUCGGUCAUCAAGCGAGAACUAAGAAGGCAUCAAAAGCAAGCUCUGACGUUCAUGAUACGCCGCGAAAAAGGACGGGCGUUCUCUAAUGAAGACCCAGACAUCUGGGAAAUGAAACAUACUAAUCAAGGGAAAUAUUUCCUCAAUCGUGUUUCCCAUGCUUCCCAGCUUGAAGAACCGCCGCAGUGCUACGGAGGCAUUGUUGCAGACCCUAUGGGACUUGGCAAGACUUUGACUAUGAUAGCAUUAGUGGCAACAGACUUGGACAACGAAAGCCCCGAUAACGAUAUUAGUGGGGCGUUGCAUCCAAAGGUUCCGACUACACUCAUUGUUGUACCACCUUCUUUGAUAGUGUGUAACUCGCGGAUGUCUCAGGCGAUCUGUGCGCUGGAGUCCAGGUCUCGGUGGGCCGUCACUGGUACACCCAUCCAAAAUCGCCUUGGCGACCUUGCCAGCCUAUUCAAGUUUAUCAGAGUCCAUCCCUAUACAGAUCGAAAAUGUUUCGAUGCCGAUAUCUCUCGCCUUUGGAAAACUGGUGAAUAUCAAGAAGCAAUCAACAGACUUAAACGUCUCUCCAAGUGUCUGAUACUUCGGCGAGAUAAGGGAACGGUCAGUCUUCCGCACAGGAAAGAUAUGCAAUGUCCUGUCGACUUUAGUCCGGAAGAGCGAUCUCUAUACGACAAUCUGCGCCAAGACACUAUUGUUAUUAUAGAUGAAGCCACAAAUUGUGAUUCGGAUUCGGUCAAACCAGGCAGCUACGCAAAUGUCCUACAGCAGAUCGAAUCACUGCGGCUCGUCUGUAACAUAGGCCUCCACUACCACACGAGACAUGACAAAGUCGCAAAGAAUAUUCCAGAAGCCAAUAAAUGGACUAAAAUCGCCCAGACUACUUUCAAUUUGGAACGAGAGAUGGUUCCCACACUUUGUCUACGGUGUUCGUCAGCAUCGGACAUCACUGAGACAAUCUCAGAAGGUCCAACCACGACCUCCCAAAACCCUCUGUUCUUCAGUUGCCUGCGUUUUAUUUGUGCUGAGUGCACGCAGAGCUCGGGACAGAACUUAGAAUGCGGUCAUAAUCCCCGUUGUGUCGUGGCCCAAGUCUCCACAAGCGGUCAAUCUCUUGAAACGAGUUUGGAUGGAAUUUGCCACCGCAUGAAAAAUGCUGGCCUAGAGCAGUCCUCUAUCUCGAGUGUCCGGUUCGAUGGCAAGGUGCCACAAAGGAGCCGACAGAAAGUUGUGGACAACUUCAGGAACGAUCUGUCUGUCCGCGUUAUGCUUUUGACAUUGUCCUGCGGUGCGGCUGGGAACCCGACUCUCGAGGAGCAAGCCCUAGCGCGCAUACAUCGUAUCGGACAGACGCAAGAGGUCACUACUGUUCGGUUCUUCAUGCGCAACUCGUUCGAGCACCAAGUUAUCAAAAGGCAGGAAUCGAAGAAAUAUCUGGCAGGGCUAUUGCUCUCGCCACAUGAUAACGGGCUUGGGAGCGAGAACUUGGGAAGGCUGCAGGAACUAUCAUAUCUCAUUUAA